AUGACUGAAACAGACAUACAAACUACUAAUCAACUAGACUGUUUUAAAAAAUUCUUUGUUUUUGAUGACGGAUAUUCUUCACUUAAAGAAGUCGGUAUUAAUAGUGGAUUUGAUACAAUGGAUAUUAGGUCCAUUGCAUGGAGAAUCUUUUUAGGAGCACUACAUGGAGUUUGUGGUAAUGGAUGGAUUAAAGAAACACAACAACAACGAAACAAAUAUCAAAUACUUGUUGACAAAUUAGAAAAUGGACCUAUAAGAGAAAAAAAUUUAAAAAAGUUAACAGAAGAGAGUGAUACUAUUCCAGACCCAUUAUCAAUUAAUGAACAAAACCCUUGGUGUCAACACUUUAAUGAAAUGGAUGUUGAAAAAAGAGUUGGAGUUGAUAUUUUACGUUUAUUUAGUGAAUAUGAUUUCUUUAGAAAUGACCAAGUUAGGGAACAUAUCAAAAGGGUUUGUGUCAUAUACUCACUAGAACAUAGUGAAUUACAAUAUAAUCAAGGAUUUCAUGAAUUAGUAGGUGUAUUAUAUUAUUGUAUAUCAAGAGAUAUUCAAUCAUGGAAAGGAACAAAAGAAGUUAUGGACAAUCUUAUGAAAGAUGAGUUUAAAGAAAAUAUCAAUGCAGAUGUAUAUAAAGUAAUGUCUUAUAUUUUUGAUGAACAAUACAUGGAACAUGAUGCAUAUACUAUGUUUGAUUUACUAAUGCAUAGUGUUACAGAUUUUUAUGACCCAAAUGAAACAAGAAAUUCUACAAUUGAAUCACCUGAUGGGUCUGCUACACAUACUAAAUUAAUGAUAAAAUGUGAUAAAUUAUUUAAAGAAUUAGAAAAAUUAGAUAACCAAUUGUAUUUACAUCUUAAAUAUGAAGGAAUUCAUUUAGUCAUAUUUGGAACUCGUUGGUUACGUUUAUUAUUUGAUCGAGAAUUCCAUGUAAUGGAUGUUCUUAAUGUAUGGGAUGCGAUCUUUGCUUAUGGAAACAAUUUAGAAUUUGUUGAUUACUUAUUCCUUGCAAUGAUGAUCCAAAUAAGAGAACCUAUUUUAGAAUCAUCACAAUAUUCAACGACAAUGAUGUUAUUCAUGAAAUAUCCAGACAUAAAAGAUAUACAUGAUGUUAUUAAUUUAGCAAAAGAACUUGCAGAUAAAAAAGGAGAUUAUGACCCAUUACCUUAUAUCAAACCAUUAUCUGGAACUACCCUCACUCAAAAAGUUAUGGAAAUGGGAACUAAACAAAGGGCUCAAAAGAAACAAGAAGAAUUUACUGUUCCUAAGCACGUUCAAGAAGAUCGGUCUAUUGUAGAACAACAACAAGAACAAGAAAAAGUAGAACAACAAAAGAAAAAAGAAGAGGUUGAAACAAAUGAAUUAGUAAAACAACGAAUUAAACAUAGUAUCCAAUUAUUAAGUUCAUCAAUUAAUAAUGAAGGUGUCAUUUCUGAUCCUUCUGGAGUUGUAGAAGCAUUAUCAGAAUUAAAAUUAGUUAAUGCAGUAAUGAAUGGAUUAUUACCAACAGAACUUGCUGAUGGAUAUUUUAAUAUUUUUGAUAAAAAAGAAUAA